GUUUUGUUUUGACUUGUUCUGUUUUGACUCGUUUUGUUCUGACAAGCACCCGCAGCGGUCAUCCGGAGACCAUUAUGGUGGCGGAUUCCCACAGAGCCCCGAGGUCCACCCUCUUCCUCUACCUCCUGGCCCUGAGCGCCCACGUCACGAGCCAGUCCCACCCGAUGACCACAACGUGCACACGCGUGUGUCGGGAGUUCCAGGAGGCCAAAGCGCGUUGCCUCGCGGACAGAAACUGUUACAGUCUGAACAGGGGGGCGUUUAACGCCCAGGUCUGGUUCUGUAUGCAGCCCUGCCGAGACAUCCCACGGCCGUGUGCCGACGCGUGUGUGUCAUACUAUUACGCCAUCACACAGACGUGUCAGGCACGCUGCUCACACAGGAACGCAAACUGCCAGAACGACUGCUUCGACAUAGAGUUUGGCAAAGUCAAGCCAAGAGUUUGAAGCUGUCAAAACAAGCCCUUCAUGUACUCGUAAACACACCUUGAUGUUCCAGCAAAAACACCUUCAUGUACUAGCCAACACGUCUUUUUUAAAGUUUUGGUUAGAGUUUUAAGGCACUUGAAACACAAAUAGGUCAUACAAGUGCUGA